AUGCAAGUGCUAAAAAUAGUGUUUUUUUUUACUGAAGACGACUAUAAGAAGCUGGUGUUGGAGGUCGAAGAUGCCAAGGCCAAGCCCAGAAAGGAACCUCGUCACUACUGGCUACUCAACAGGUAUGAUGUAAUGAUCGUAGAAAAUGUGCAAAAACUAAUACACCCAUUAAAACAAGGAGACAUUGUUGUAAAAUCUUAUGUCCACGAUUCAGAUUUAUUUACUGUUCUCCAUGAAGCUCAUGUAGCUAUUGGUCAUGGUGGAAGAGAUCAAAUGUUAAAAGAGCUAGAUAUUAAGUACAAAAAUGUUACACGUCAUGAUGUUGAGCUAUAUAUUAGUUUGUGUGAGCCAUGUCAGAAGAAACAGAAGGGUUCGAAAAGAGGAGUGGUAGUAAAGCCCCUGAUUUCAUCAGAAUUUAAUUCUCGUUGUCAAGUAGAUGUAAUUGAUUUCCAGUCACAGCACGACAGGGAAUUUAAGUUCAUAAUGGUCUAUCAGGAUCAUUUGACAAAAAUUGUGAUUCUUAAGCCUCUGAAAACUAAAACCGCUGAGGAAGUAGCAUAUCACCUAGUUGAUAUUUUUACUCUCAUUGGAGCACCAAGUAUAUUGCAGUCAGACAAUGGAAGGGAGUUUGCAAACAAAAUAGUUUACAAUAUUUAA